CGUAAGGAGGAGGGGUCGACUCGUGCGAGGACUGCUCGUGCUGUGAUGGGACUACAAAUCCGUUAGUACCAACAGCCUCCUGCUCUUCCAUCAUGGCUCCCUCGGCAGACAGGCAGGGAUACUGGGGGCGGCCGACCUCAACGCUGGACUGGUGCGAAGAAAAUUAUGUUGCCUCAUUUUACAUUGCGGAAUUUUGGAACACUGUCAGCAACUUGAUUAUGAUUCUUCCUCCUAUUUGUGGGGCCAUCCAGACGUUUCGAGAUGGCCUUGAGUUUCGCUACGUCUGCUCUUUCCUCGGACUGGCAGCUGUUGGUGUUGGUUCCUGGUGCUUCCACAUGACGCUGCUAUAUGAGAUGCAGUUACUGGACGAGUUGCCAAUGAUUUACAGUACAUGCAUCUUUGUCUACUGUCUAUAUGAGUGUUUUAAACAAGAGAAGAGCAUCAGUUUAUUUCUGAUUGCAUUGUUAUUGAUCUUCAGUGUCUCAGUCACUGUGGUAUACUUACAGUGGAAGGAGCCAGUCUUUCAUCAGGUCAUGUAUGGUGCUCUAGUAGCUUGCCUAGUGAUGCGAUCUGUCUUCAUCGUUACAUGGGUGUACCCAUGGCUCAGACCGCUGUGUUACACCUCCUUAGGAAUCUUUUUGUUUGGGUUCCUACUGUGGAACAUUGACAACAUAUUCUGUGACACAUUAAGAGCCAGUAGACAAACGCUGCCCUCUGGUGUUGGAGUAGUAACACAGUUCCAUGCCUGGUGGCAUAUCUUCACAGGCCUUGGAUCCUACCUGCACAUACUUCUUAGCCUGCAGAUCAGGUCAACCUACCUCAAGUACAGACCAAAUGUAAAGUUUCUUUGUGGAGUUUGGCCUACAUUGCACAUCGAACCACAGAAGACGAGUUGAAAUGAAGGGAUGGAGACCAACUGAAGGAUGGGGACAGCCAUAUCCAGACACCAUCGGCACAGGGACCUGCCAAUGCCUACUGCUGCGCAAUCAGCCCACAGCUAGGGCACAGGUGCACCCCAAGGCACCACCCCAGGGACCCUUUGGUUCUGCACUGUGGGGAUUUACUAAACAGUAUAGCACUGAGUACAGUUUAAAGAAAUGGAAGAUUUUCUUUUCAUUAAUCAUAAGUUAUUAGACUAGCUUUUCUGUAAUCUUAUUGAAGUGUAAUGAUUUUAUUUGCUCAUUCAUUUUCAAUGCAAAUAUGAUGUAGUCCACUGCAGCUGUAAAUGUUGAAGGGGGUAUGGGUGUUAUCUUAAUUAGGGUUUGGGAAAAGGGAAAGUAAUUAUUCCAAAAUUUCUACUAGCAUAUUAAUUGUAUUUCAUUCUGUAGAUAUUUGAAUCUCCUAAGCCUAAAGAUAUUUAAAUAGAUCCCUAAACUAAAGUCUAACUAAGACUUUAGCUUACAAUACUUAAAACACAGUGUUGUCCUAUCCCUUUUAAGUAGUUUUUUU